GCCCACGCCAACCCCCAAAAAUGGGAGCACUUCACAGGCGGAAAUGCACAUAGUGAAAUGGUGAACUUGCGAACAUGUCUAAGCGAAGUUGUAUCCUUGAUAGUGAAACACUUCAUGUAAAUCCAGGUCAGCGCUCUGUGACCCAAUGAACAUGGCAGAUGGGAAGACUGGUGUGCUGCACACUUUGGAAAGUAUUUGCGCACAGUAAGCCGCGACGUAUGAUUGAGAAGGUGUAUCCGAACGCUGGGGACGCGCGGGUGGUUGUAGGAGGAUUACUUGGGCGGUCAAGGGACGACGUCGGAGAAGACGGACAAGGUACAUGGCGUCCGGUGACUGAGAAUCGAGACUCAAUAUGGCUCAUGGAGUUCCUAUGUAGAGACGAUGUGUGGGGGUCAAGGAUGAGGUGAGAGGUGUAUGAUAAGAGGCAAAGUGGAGAGAAGACCAGACACCUAUUAGUUCGUCAAUU